CAUAAUUAUGCUGUAAAAUGCUAUGAUAAUUUGAAGAAUAAGCCAUGUCAUAUGGAACAAUUAGUGGAGAACCAAACAGAGGAGGAUAUCAAAAGGAACAGGUUGAUGCUAAAAGUAACAAUUUAUGUAUUAAGGUGGUUGGCAUUCCAAACUUGCCCCUUUCGAGGCCAUGAUGAAAGUCUUGACUCAAUAAACCAAGGUAAUUUUCUUGAAAUGGUGAAACUGAUAGCUUCUUAUGAUGCUGAAAUUGGUGCAAUUGUAUUGGGUAAUGCUCCACAUAAUGCUAAGUAUACCUCUCCUAGCAUUCAAAAGGAAAUUCUAAAUAUCAUUGCUUCUAAUGUGCAAAGAUAAAUUCGUAAAGAAAUUGGUGAUGCUAAGUUCUUCUUGCUUGUUGAUGAGUCAAGAGAUGAAUCAAAGAGCGAGCAAAUGGUAGUGGUUAUUUGUUUUGUUGAUAGAAAUGGUUUCACUAGAGAGCAAUUUCUUGAUAUUGUUCAUGUUUUGGAUACAUCUUCAACUACUUUAAAACAUGAACUAUCUGCUGUUUUGGUUAAUCAUCAAUUAGAUGUUAGCAAACUUCGCGGAUAGGGAUAUGAUGGUGCUAGUAACAUGCGUGGGGAGUGGAAUGGACUACAAGCCAAGUUCAUGGAAGAGUGUCCUUAUGCAUAUUAUAUUCAUUGUUUUGUUCAUCAAUUGCAACUAGCUCUUGUUGCUGCCGCUAAAGAAGUACCUGAUGUUCACAACUUUUUUGACCAUCUUGCUCUUGUUCUCACUACGGUUGUGUCUUCUAGUAUGAGACAUGAUGAGCUCCAUGCUAAUCAAGUUGCUGAAAUGGAGCAUCUCACUGAGCUUGGUGACCUUGAAACUCCAAGUGGGGCUAAUCAAGUUGGAACUUUAAAGCGGCCUUGUGAUACUAAGUGGAGUUCUCACUAUGCGUCGGUUUGCAUCCUUUUGAAGCUAUACCAACCAACAUUUUUGGUACUUAAAAGCAUUGCUACUUCUAAAGGUUCAGGUACUUCACCUUCAGCACGGGCAAAGGCUAAUGGUGUUGUUAAGUUGAUGAUGUAUUUUGACUUCAUAUUUAUUGUGCAUAUCAUGAAAGAACUUAUGGGAAUCACAUAUAUGUUAUGCAAAAAUUUGCAACUAAAGUCUCAAGAUAUUGUGAAUGCCAUGGAUGACGUGAAAACUACAAAGUUGUUGAUUCAGCAGCUAAGAGAUAAUGGUUGGAGAAAGCUUAAAACUGAUGUGCUUUCAUUUUGUGCAAAACAUGGAGUUAAAACUUCAGACUUUGGUGAGUUAUAUGUGAAUUUCAUUAAUUCUUGUGCAGAUGAUGAGAGUACAGUUGAGCAUCAUUAUCGGUGUGAUAUUUUCAUGGUUGUUGUGGAUCAACAAGCACAAGAGUUGAAUAGCAGAUUCAACCGACAAUCAACAGAGCUUCACAUUAUGUGCACUUCCUUGGACCCCCAAAACUCAUUCAAAUCAUUUGACAUUGACAAUGUGUGUUCUUUAGCUUCUAAAUUCUAUCCGCUGAUUUUGAAGAACAAGAAAGAGAGAUUUUGAGAUGUCAAUUGCGGCAUUAUGAGCAUGAUAUACUUGCACAUCCAAAGUUUCAGAAUUUGACAACCAUAUCCGAGCUUUGUCAACAACUUGCAGCAACCGGAAAAAUGAUGAUUAUCACUUGAUUGAUAGAGUGAUUCGCCUUGUUCUUACUUUACCGGUCUCAACCGCAACUACUGAACGUGCGUUUUCUGCAAUGAAACUUGCGAAAACAAGGUUUCGGAAUAAAAUGGAUGAUGAGUUCCUCAGAGAUUGCUUGGUAACAUACAUUGAAAAGGAGAUUGAUGUUGGAAUAUCGACGGAUGCAAUUAUAGAUGAGUUCGACGAAGCACCUCAUCGAGUGGACUUUAAUUGAGAAGUAUUAGUUGCUCUAUCUCGUGUUAUCUAGAUUGUUACUUUAAGUAAUAUAUGCAAUUGUACAUCCUUUUGUCAUCAUCAGUUAUCCAGUGAAUGAUGGUAUAAUCAAUGAAAA